CGACAAAGAGCCGGCGCGCUCACCCUCGGCGCCCGCCCGGCGGCUCCAGCGUCCGCGAAGCCACACGGCCGAGUGGGAGCCAACCAGCUGCUGGGCGCGGCCGCCCCAGGGCCUCGGGCAGCCCCGCGACGCUCAGUAAGUCGCCCUGGAGACUGCCCAGCUCCGGGAGCUCCCAGACGGACUUUGCGGGGCCCAGUCCUCCUUCUAGCCUGGAAAAAAUGACAGAUCUUGUAGCUGUUUGGGAUGUUGCUUUAAGUGACGGAAUCCACAAGAUUGAAUUUGAACAUGGCACCACAUCAGGCAAACGAGUAGUGUAUGUAGAUGGGAAGGAAGAGAUAAGAAAAGAAUGGAUGUUCAAAUUAGUGGGCAAAGAAACCUUCUGUGUUGGAGCUGCAAAGACGAAAGCAACCAUAAAUAUAGAUGCUGUCAGUGGUUUUGCUUAUGAGUAUACUCUGGAGAUUAAUGGGAAAAGUCUCAAGAAGUAUAUGGAGAACAGAUCAAAAACCACCCACACGUGGGUGCUACACUUGGAUGGUGAGGACUGUAGAGUUGUUUUGGAAAAAGACACUAUGGAUGUGUGGUGCAAUGGUAAAAAAAUGGAGACAGCAGGAGAAUUUGUGGACGAUGGGACUGAGACACACUUCAGCUUCGGCAAUCAUGACUGUUACAUAAAGGCGGUGAGCAGUGGGAAGCGGAAGGAAGGGAUUAUUCACACGCUCAUCGUGGACAACAGAGAAAUCCCCGAGACUCCCGAGUGACUUCACGUUCAUGACUGAAUCUGCAGAAGUAAAGAUCAGGGCUUUUUAGUGACUGUGGUAAUGAAAUGUGGUCAGUAUGUACUUACUAGUACAUUUAGUCUGCAGUGUUUAUUUUUUAGUUACUUGAAACUGUAAUGUUCCAAGGAUCAGAAAAAAAGUAUGUACAAUCAAAAUAAUAAUUUGUUUUAUAAAUAAUGUAAACUCUUUUAAAGCCAAAAGGAAAAGAAGAUAUAGGCCAAAAUCACCAGUGUUUUAUAGUGGUAGCUUUUACUGUAAUAAAAACUAAAAAUAA